UCCAUUGCUCAUUUGAACAAGAGGGAUGGCUAAUGGUUGCUCCACAGCUACUACAAGCUCCCUGCUCCUCUUCUUCCUUCUCUCUGGCCUGCUUACCGGUCAUGCUCUCUGCAACCAAGGUCACCAUGGCAGAACAUCAGGUGCAGGUUACGGACAGCAACAUACACACCAGGAAUUACCUGAAAAACAUUUAGUUCUGCAGGAGACUGUGAAGGGUCUAAACAAGGACAAACUGCCCAAGUAUACAAGGAGAAUCGGCUCAACUGCUCCAAUAUGCACAUACAACGAGUGCAGGGGAUGUCGACUCAAGUGCACUGCUGAGCAAGUCCCAGUGGAUGCAAAUGACCCCAUGAACAGUGCUUACCAUUACAAGUGUGUUUGCCACAGGUGAUCUUUAAUGAUUAGGAGGAGCUUCUAUGUUAUGAUAUGUCCAAGUGAAGAGUAGUAGUUCUCUUUCAUUUUUUUUUAUUUUUCCUCUUCUUUUCCUUCCAUUCUUUUCUUCUCUGUUGAAAAGGCUUCAUUUUUCUUUCCUUUUCUUUCUACAAGAGGCUAGCUAGUAGAGGACUGGAGUCUGGAGGGGCAUUUUGUAAUUUAAAAUGCUUAGUUCAGGUUAUGGACUAGUAAUUUUGGUAGUAAAUGGUCAGAAUUUUUGA